AUGGCUACUGGAAGUACUUCAAAGUUCAGACACAUAUUUGAGAAAGAUGAGGACAACAUCAUUCAAUUUCUUCUUCGGGGAUAUGACCGGACCAUGAAAAGAAAGGACAAAAUGGAGAUAGUACUGUCUCUUCAAUCAGAGUUAUAUGCCAAAUAUGGAGUGCGGCAUGAAAUACCAGCCAUCCCCAAAAAAUGGUGUGACAUCAAGUUCCUACACCCAGAUCUGGUCGAAGAGAACGAGCCCAGAGCCAGAGGGGGCUGCGAGCUAAAGACUCCUGACUCCGACACAAGCGAUGAAUAUGAAGAUUGUGAGGAUGAUGAAGGCUGGCAGACAUGCUCUGAAGAUGCCGAGGAAGAAAGAGUUAUACCAGAGCAUGAUUCUGAAAGGACUGAACAAAAAGUUGUCAGAAAUGAAAGCCACUUAGUGCAAGGAGAUGAACUCCUGGAAAUUUUCAAAUCAAUACAUACAGGAAACCGGAUUAGAGAGGAACAGAUCACUGUUGGUCUGGUUGGUUAUCCCAAUGUCGGUAAGAGUUCAACAAUCAACACUAUUCUGGGAAACAAGAAGGUUUCUGUAUCCGCAAUUCCAGGUCACACCAAGCACUUUCAGACACUGUUCGUCGAGCCUGGUCUGUGUCUCUGUGAUUGCCCUGGCCUUGUGAUGCCUUCAUUUGUUUCCACAAAAGCAGAGAUGAUAUGCAGUGGCAUCCUACCAAUUGAUCAGAUGAGAGACCAUGUACCACCAAUCUCUCUUAUCGCACAGCGAAUUCCGCGGUACGUGGUAGAAUCCAUUUAUGGUAUAAACAUCAUCAGGCCUCGGGAAGAUGAGGAUCAGGAUCGUGCACCCACAUCAGAAGAACUAUUAGCUGCAUAUGGAUAUAUGAGAGGUUUUAUGACUGCGCAUGGGCAGCCUGAUCAGCCAAGGUCGGCACGGUAUAUAUUGAAGGACUAUGUCAAUGGUAAACUGCUGUAUUGUCAUCCUCCACCUGGUAUAGAUCCUUCAGACUUCCAGCCUCGAAAUUCCCUGCAUAGGGAAACAAAUGUGUUAGAUUGCAUGGCGUCCAAAAAUAUUGCCCGGGAAUUAUUUUUCAUGUUCUCCCGCACGGAGAUCCCUAAAGAAAUUCUCACGGACCAGGGUACCCCCUUUAUGUCGAAGGUCAUGAAACAGUUGUGCAAGUUGUUCAAAAUCACCCAGAUACGUACCUCGGUGUACCACCCACAGACAGAUGGGUCCGACCCCACCCUUACCUUGAAGCCGGCCGACAAGGGGGGUGCGGUCGUGGUUAUGGACACUAGCAAAUAUAUCCAAGUAAUAAUGAGGCAACUGGGGGACCAAGAAGUCUAUAAGGUGUUAGAUUCUGACCCCAAAUUCGAGAUUGCAGAGAUUAUACGUAAAUGUUUAACAGAUGCAAUGGUGGCAGAUUAUUUGCACAAUAUUGAGACAGAAGGGAUGGAGAAUAAGGUCAAGUUGGAUGCAGCACAUCUGUCGGGAAUGAGGCAUAUCUAA